GUCAUAUUUCAUCAUUCCACCAUCAUAUUGUCAAAAAGACUCAAAUAGUGCUUUGCCUCUUUGCAUAUUACACAAUUUUUGAGAUUGCUCCACUGCUCCAUAGCUUUCUAACUUAAUCACUCACAAGAUCCUACAACCUGCUGUGACCUAACUUGAUACCGUAUGUCUGUACAAGGCUUGAAGCACUUGCGAUUGAGAUCCGGCAUCCCAUCGAUACUGAAUUCUCGAGCUUCCUACCGACCAAGUUCCACACUACGGCCAGGACAACAUAUACAUCAUCCUUCUGCUGCAGCAUCAGCCUCCAGAAGUAGAACUUUCACAGCCACCGCGACAAUGAAGUUCACGCCGCCCUCGGAAGAACCUCCGAAACAUGAGAUGGUAUAUUUCCCCAACAUGACGACGUCGCUGCCGAGCGAGUCUGGAGAAUUCCGCCGUGUUCUGUGGACAGGGCUGUAUAGUCAAUUGGUCUUGAUGACUGUUCCCGUCGAUGGUGAAAUUGGUGAUGAGAAACACACCGUCGACCAGAUCCUGACCUUCACGUCGGGUUCAGGCAAAGCCACGAUAAACGGCAAAGACCAAGAUGUCAAGGCCGGUGAUCUCAUCAUAGUCCCUGCUGGCACCCAGCACCAGUUCAUCAACACUGGCCCAACACCACUGAUCUUGUAUACUGUUUAUUCCCCAGCUGAGCACAAGCCGACGAGCGUGCACAAGGAUAAGGAGCAGGGCGAUCGGGAGGAGGAGGAGGGUAUCGAUGUUGCACCGGAAUGGAGCCAGAGAAGUAAGGCUGAGAACGAGAAGCUCGGGUUGGUCGAACCCGAGGAUCAUUGAGACGAUGCAACGUCCUCGAGCGAGCGGAUGUAGAUUCCGAGGUCGUCGAAGCCAAAGAGGUACAAAACGGCGUCUUGUACC